GAAGAGAUUAUCUGCAGCUGCAGAGGUGAUGAGGAGGGCAGCGGUCUUUCUGGGGGUCCUCUGGGGUUUUGGUGUGUAUAUGCCAUCUGCCCAGGCUGAGUCAAAGAAGCUGAAUGGCAUUGUGGGAGAGACAGUCUCUUUCCCAGCUGCAGUGAAACAGCAGGGAUUCUUUACAACAAAUGGCACUCAGAUUGCCAAGGUGAUGAGUAGUAAAAUGCAUAAGCUCAGUAUGAUUUUACACGGCAGACUACAGUGGGACAGCAGCACUGGACUCUUCUCCAUCACUGGCCUGAAGAUGGAGGAUUCAGGAGAGUAUAUAGUACAGAGUGAUGGGGAGAAAGUGGAGACUAUAUACCAGUUGACUGUGUACAAUCCAGUGUCCACACCUCAAGUGUCCAGCAGGAACAAGAUGAAACCCACCUGCAGUGUGCUGUGCUCUGUGGAGAACGGGAGAGAGGUUACCCUGUCCUGGCAGAGAGAGGGAAAGACAGUGAACCAAACCAGCAGCCCUGAUCUCAACACCAACCUGUCUCUCCCUCUGGAGAUAGAAGAGUACAGCUCCACCUACAGCUGUGUGGCUGCAAACCCAGUCAGUGAGAAGAGAAGCUUCUGCAGCAUCUCAGAGCUCUGUAGAGUGGAGUGUACUGACCAAAGUGUCCAAAAUACAGGUCUGUUUGCCGGGAUUGGAGCUGGGUUUGUGAGUUUGAUCGUUCUGAUAAUUGGGACAGUCGUCUACCUGAAGAGCAGAAAAAAACCAGCAGGAGAUGAAGGAGAUGAGCUAACAUACGCAAAUAUUAAACAUGGAGCUAAGAAGGCACAUCCAGAGAAGGCCCAGAAAAGCCAAGCUGGGAACCCUGAAGAGCUCGUCUACAGCAACAUCACCCAUAAUCGUCCCAAGAAGCAGAGGGCAGAAGCUCCCAGUGCUGCUCAGGGUGAAGAAAACUGUGUCUACGCUCAGGUCAGAAGAUGAAGCCGCCACCACAGCAGAUAAGAGUGAUUCCUUCAGGUGUUUCAUGGGGAUAAAACAGUCAUGGAUAUGAAUAUGUUGUUAUUGAUGCCAGUCAUGACUUUAUGUACAUGAACCAUCUAACAGACCUGCUGAAACACUUGAGGAAUGACAGGAAUGUUUAUAUAGAUUUUUUUUUCAUUCAUUUAAAAGCAUGUGGGCAGGAAAGUGUUUAAAGAACUGCGUGUUCGUUUAUGCUGUAAAUGUUACUCAGGGAAAUUCGCUUUUAUAUUACUGUAUUCAGAUGUGUUUCUUAAGGUGAAGUAUCUGACUGAGAUGUUUCUGUGAGAUUUAGAUGAACUUCCACGCUGGGUCAGUGGAGCUGAUCACCCUGAUCAAUAAAAAUAAAUGAAAUUACUCUUAAGAAAUAUUUAAAGAGACAUUUAAGGAGCAAGUAUUAAAAAGUGGGAAAACUGUUUUCUUAUUUUCUAUUUAUUUGUACUGGCUGUUUGCCUGUUG